AUGUCUCAAUCUGAACUUGGCUACGGUUUUGCAGCUGCCGCCUUCGUUGUAAUAACAUAUGAUUGGGCACUAACAUUUGGACAAGAGGUCGAAUUGGUCUGGAGACAACGUUGGUCGCUCAUGACAGUGCUGUAUCUCAGUGUGCGCUACCUCGGAAUCUUAUCUGCUGCUCUGUCCAUGGUUGGCUGGAUGAUGUACACUAUAUGGGUUUGGUCGGUUUUGGUGGUAUUUGCGAUGCUGUGGGUCAUCAUCAUCAUUCGGUUGCAUGUCAUGUAUCAACAAGACAGAAAGAUCCUGAUAUUUCUCAUUGUCACCUUCCUGGCGAUCAACACUUUUGAUGGAGUGGCAACCGUAAUGUCAACGAUGCAUACUUCAGGAGAGGAACUCAUUCUCUCCGGCACCUACCAGUGCAGGAUUAGCUAUACAGGAGAUGUCCUAGUUCUGGAUUCCGCUAUUUGGAUACUCUACAUUGUGUGGGAGGUCCUCGCACUAUGUCUCGCAGUCUGGAUUGCGGUAAAACACUUCCGUGAACUGCGAUUACAUCCGGCAGGAGGGAUUAUUGGAGGCUAUUUUACGGUGUUGAUGAACACUCACGUGGUUUACUUUGCGUGCUUUGUUGCUCUCUCUUGCUUCGACCUCAUUAUUGAAUUCUCUCCAACAUUUUCAAUGAGCCAAUAUCUCCUAGAAGAUCAGACUUUGUCUGGCUUGUUUCAGAUUUUGGAGGUCGUGCAGAUGUUCGUGCUAGGACCACGGCUGAUCCUUGGCAUUCGAGAAUAUAAUGCUAAACUAGUGACUGACUCCGACGCAGCAACCCACAUGACCUCAAUCGCUUUCCAAGAAUGUGUGCAUAUAUCGACUGGCAGUAACGUGUAA